UGCAAGCUCCUUUCUGUAACUCAGCGGUCUUGAGAGUUUCUGUGUGAUGUGUUCUGCGUGACUCUACUGGGUGUUGUGAGAGAAGGUUAGUCAAGUUCAGAACUCCAAACAUGGAUUUAGUCACCUAUGAUGAUGUACAGGUGAACUUCACUCGGGAUGAGUGGGCUUUGCUGGAUCCUUCUCAGAAGAGUCUCUACAGGGGUGUGAUGCUAGAGACCUAUAGGAAUCUCACAGCUAUAGGUUACAUUUGGGAAGAACAUACAAUUGAAGACCAUUUCCAAACUUCUAGAAGUCAUGGAAGGUAAUUUUCCUCUGCAAGCUGAGGAGAAAAUGCCUAUGAAGAAAGUUUAACCUGUGCUACAAGUUGUAAAGAAAACCACUAGGGUACAAUAAGCACUGCUUUCAGUGAUGGAUGUUUACUGAAUUUCAUAAAAUCAUAUAUGUCUAUGGCAGAUAUGUAAUUGUUGUUUGCAAGACAUUCCAUUAGGUCAAAGACAGAGAAAUAAUGGCUUAACAGAUAUGUUACUGUUUAAAUCAAGCCUAGUACAGCCAUGCUAUACAAGUAUGAGUGUCUUCAGUCUCAUAUCGCUUAGCUAUUGCAAAAGGAACACACAGUGAUUAGGUGACAAGUAUAUGUCUAAAACCUAGUAAUGAGCAAAUAAUCCAUAGUAUAUCUGAGCUCAAUGAUAUACUUGUAAUAANAUUGCUAAAUUUAGUGAGAUGAACAGUUCAUAAGAUUCAAGAAUGGUUUUGUGGAAAAACCUUAAUCUCUGUACCACAUCUCUGUGACAAAAAAAGUCAGCUGUGAAUGUAAUGUGGAAUUUUCACUUGUUAUUCUUUUUUUGAUGUGGAUGUCAUAGGUUACGAUGGAUACAAGCCUUGUGAUCAUAGGGGCAUUGAAAGAAGCCACAUACCUUUCACUUUUCCAGAACAAUUAGAGGAUAUGCAGUAUAACAAAUUUUGAGCAACAUUCUAAACGUGCUAUAUAAGUUUAUAAAUAAUUUGUUUCCGAACAUUCCUGGGACAUUUACCAACUCUAACUGCUGAAAAUAGUAAUGAGAAUUAAGGCAGUAGAAAAUUUUUUUUCUUUUGCAUUUGUUCAUAUUCCAAAUGUAGUAUUACUCUCCUGAUAACAAAAUUUGUGAAUGCAAUCACUGUGCAAACACUGUGAGUUCUUCCUGUUUUUUUUUCAAAUAUGUGAGUAACCUUUUAUAGAAAAAGUAUGUUAUAAAUGUGAGCCAGAUAAUCAGUACUGUUCCCAUUUCAUGUAUCCUCAAGAUGUAAAACAAUCCAUAAUUUAGCAGAACUCCUUUGAAUAUAAACAAAGUAAUAUUAUGUUAA